CCCCACGCUCCCCUCAGAGCUCGUCCGGACCACGAGCAGGGAUGGACGCUCUGCAGCGGGACCUGCAGCAGGAGCUGCAGCAGGAGCUGGAGCAGGAGCUGGAGCAGGAGCUGGGGAUCCCCAUGGAGCAGCUGCAGGCGCUGCUGGAGCAGGAGCUGGAGCAGAGUGAGGGUGUCCGGCUGCGGCGCCAGCAGCUGCAGGAGCUCGAGGACUGUGUGAGGCGCAAGGAGGAGGAGGUGGCAGGAGUGGAUCGGCUCUUUGAGGAUGCGUCCAGAGCCAUAGACAAGUGCGAGGGUCUGGUGAAGGACCUGUACUCCAAACUGGGGCUCCAGUACCGGGAGAGCAGCUCCGAGGAUGAGGAGUUGGCUGCCAAGGCCAUGGACGUGAUUGAGAUCCUGGAUGAGGAUGAUGAGGAUGUCAUGAGCAUCGAUCCCGGCUGGAAGCAAGACUCAGGCACUGGGAUCACAAAGGAUCAGACUCUGCUGCAGGAAGCCAUGGCUGCAAUCAGGAAGUCUGCUCAGGAGAUGCAGAAGUUCAUGGAUGCUGUGAGCAGGAAAACGGGAGCUCAGGAUGCACAGGAAGAGGCUCAAAGCCUUCAGGAAAGCCCUGGCUCUGCCCAGCCCUCUGGCCCUGCAGCAUCCAUGGGGGACCUGAGCCACGAUGAGGACCUCAACGUUGGCAUGAGGAUCCUGGGCAAGAAGAGAACCAAAACGUGGCACAAGGGGACCCUGAUCGCCAUCCAGAGAGUGGGUGCUGGCAAGAAGUACAAGGUGAAGUUUGAUAACAAAGGGAAGAGUUUGCUCUCUGGCAACCACAUUGCCUAUGACUACCACCCUGUGCCUCAGAAGCACUAUGUUGGCAGCAGGGUCGUGGCCAAAUACAAAGAUGGGAACCAGGUCUGGCUCUAUGCUGGCAUUGUGGCUGAGACCCCAAAUGUGAAGAAUAAGGAGAGGUUCCUCAUCUUCUUUGAUGAUGGCUACGCUUCAUACGUCAAGGAGUGGGAGCUGUACCCAGUCUGCAGACCCUUGCAAAAGACCUGGGAAGACAUUGAGGAUGUUUCCUCACGGGACUUCAUUGAGGAGUACAUCACAGCCUACCCCAACCGCCCCAUGGUGCUGCUCAAGGCCGGGCAGCUCAUCAAGACUGAGUGGGAAGGGACCUGGUGGAAGUCCCGAGUGGAGGAAGUGGACAGCAGCCUGGUCAGGAUCCUAUUCCUGGAUGACAAGCGCUGCGAGUGGAUUUAUAGGGGCUCCACACGCCUCGAGCCCAUGUUCAGCAUGAAGGCUUCCACAGCCUCCACCCAGGAGAAGAAGCUCAGUGGGCAAGCAAGAACUCGUCCCAAUGUUGGUGCUGUGAGGAGCAAAGGGCCCGUGGUGCAGUACACCCAGGACCUCACAGGAGCUGGUACCCAGUACAAGCCCUUAGAGCAGAUGCAGGCAGCCUCACAGGCUCCACGCUCUGCUUCACCACAGCCUGCAGAGAUGGAGUGCUCUGACAAUCAGCUGGCCCAGGCAAGGAAACAAGUGGCCAAGAAGAGCACUUCCUUCCGUCCCAGCUCUGUGGGCUCUGGGCAGUCCUCCCCUUCUCCCCCCAUCCUCAGUGAUGCAGCUCUGACAGGCAGGACCAGUGCAGCCCAGCAGCACCGCCAGCCCACCACCACCCCACACCCCUUCCACAGCAUGCUGGAGCGCGUCCCGGCCGAGCCCUCCUACCGCGCUCCCCUGGAGAAGCUCUUCUACCUGCCCCACGUCUGCAGCUUGGCCUGCCUGGCGCGCGUGCGGCCGCUGCGGCGCGACCAGUACCGCGGGCGCAACCCGCUGCUGGUGCCGCUGCUCUAUGACUUCCGGCGCAUGACCGCCAGGCGCCGGCUCAACCGCAAGGUGGGAUUCCACGUGCUGUAUAAGACACCCUGCGGGCUGUGCCUGCGGAGCAUGGCCGAGAUCGAGCGGUACCUGUUCGAGACCGACUGUGACUUCCUGUUCCUGGAGAUGUUCUGCCUGGAUCCCUACGUGCUGGUGGAUCGCAAGUUCCAGCCAUACAAACCCUACUACUACAUCGCGGACAUCACCAAGGGCAGGGAGGAUGUGCCGCUGUCCUGCGUCAAUGAGAUCGAUGGGACCCCCCCCCCGCAGGUGGCAUACAGCAAGGAGCGCAUCCCGGGCAAGGGGGUGUACAUCAACACCAGCUGGGAGUUCCUGGUGGGAUGCGACUGCAAGGAUGGAUGCAGAGACAAGUCCAAGUGUGCCUGUCACCAGCUGACUGUCCAAGCCACAGGCUGCACCCCAGGGGGACAGAUCAACCCCAACUCUGGAUACCAGCACAAGCGGCUGGAAGAGUGUCUGCCUACAGGGGUCUAUGAGUGCAACAAGAGGUGCAAGUGCAACGUGAACAUGUGCACCAACCGCUUGGUCCAGCACGGCCUCCAAGUCCGCCUGCAGCUAUUCAAGACCCAGAACAAAGGUUGGGGCAUUCGCUGCCUCGAUGAUAUUGCCAAAGGCUCCUUUGUCUGCAUCUAUGCAGGGAAGAUCCUCACGGACGACUUCGCAGACAAGGAGGGUCUGGAGAUGGGCGACGAGUACUUUGCCAACCUGGACCACAUAGAGAGCGUGGAGAACUUCAAGGAGGGCUAUGAGAGCGACGCUCGGUGCUCAUCCGACAGCAGCGGGGUAGACCUGAGGGAGGAUGAUGAUGAUAACACAGGCACUGAGGAGCCAGAGGAGUCCAAUGAGGACAGCUCGGAUGACAACUUCGGCAAGGACGAGGACUUCAGCACUGGCUCUGUAUGGAGGAGCUAUGCCACCCGGCGCCAGACCCGAGGGCUCUCGGAGGCGGCUGCCAAGGAGCCGGUGGUGCCGGUGCCGGAGCAGAGCACUGAUAACAAAGUGGAGUCGUGGCUGAGCACUAACAGUGUGGGACAGGGAAUGAGGGACACGGAUGGUGCAGCCGGGUUCAGGAUGGGGGACGGGGGGGAAAACAAGGUCGGCAAACAGGAGAUCACAGAGGACAAGGAGAAAACUGGAGCUGCUGCAGCCGGAGAUGGGGAUCAGGAGAUGAAGGUGGCAAAGAAAGAGGAACCUGAGGACAUCCCCAAGAUUCCAGGGCUGGGUGACCUGGGCAGGAUGUAUGGGUACAACCCCAGCCCCCCCAAGCUUGAGGGCAUCCGGAGGCCGACGAGCAGGACUGCACUGCUGCAGAGCAAGAGGCUUUCCAGCACCCCCCAGCCCAGCACGGCUGUGCCCUUCACCCAGGACGUGCUGACCGUGUCCAGCAGCACCGAGAGCGAGGGGGAGAACGGCCCCAUAGCCCCGGGGCAGGGCCAGGCCCCCACCAACGACAGUGAUGACAUCCAGACCAUCUCCUCCGGCUCCGGGGAGGAAGAGGGGGAUGAGAAGAAGAACCCGUCCUCAGGGGCAGGUCCCAUGAAGAGGCAGGUGGCUGUGAAAUCCACACGGGGCUUUGCCCUCAAGUCCACCCAUGGCAUUGCCAUCAAAUCCACCCCCAUGGGCACGGACAAGGGUGAGAGCACACCAGUGCGCCGGACCACGCGCCAGUUCUAUGAUGGGGAGGAGUCCUGCUACAUCAUUGAUGCCAAACUGGAGGGGAACCUGGGCCGAUACCUCAACCAUAGCUGCAGCCCCAACCUCUUUGUGCAGAACGUCUUUGUGGACACCCAUGACCUCCGCUUCCCAUGGGUCGCCUUCUUCGCCAGCAAGAGGAUCCGUGCGGGCACAGAGCUCACCUGGGAUUACAACUAUGAAGUGGGCAGCGUGGAGGGCAAGGAGCUGCUGUGCUGCUGUGGGGCCAUCGAGUGCCGUGGGCGGCUGCUCUGAGCCUCAUCCCCGCAGCCUCGCCUUCCCGAGCUGAGGACGCGGCCUCGACUCCCGAACCUCCCAUUGCAGGGAGCGGAUGGACACGAACUGAACCAGAGCCAGAUGGGAUGGGGGGACAUGGGAUGAUGGAUGCCCAACCUGAGCCUAUGGGAUGUGCUUCUGGCACUGGUUUUCCAAUGGGAAACACUCCAGGGAAUUGGUGCGGGGGGGGGGGGGGGGG